UGCCCAUGGCAGCCCAUGCAGGCUUCGAAAAAGCUGAUGGCAGCCACAGGGCAGCAGUGCCUGCCCCUGUCCAUGGAUGUCCGGCAGCCCCAGACCAUCGCGGCCGCGGUGGACGGGGCGCUAAAGGAGUUCCAGAGGAUCGACAUCCUCAUUAAUGGUGCUGCAGGGAACUUCCUGUGCCCAGCCAGCGCCCUGUCCUUCAACGCCUUCAAGACAGUGAUAGACAUCGACACCAUGGGCACCUUCAACACCUCCAAAGUCCUCUUUGAGAAAUAUUUCCGGGACCAUGGUGGGGUCAUCGUUAACAUCACGGCGACCCUGAGCUACCGAGGGCAGGCCCUGCAGGUGCACGCUGGGGCUGCCAAGGCUGCCAUAGAUGCCAUGACCCGUCACCUGGCAGUGGAGUGGGGACCCAACAACAUCCGUGUGAACAGCCUGGCCCCCGGCCCCAUCACGGGCACCGAGGGCUUCCGACGCCUGGGUGGGAGAUUGGCUGAGAAGUCGGAGCAGUUCUCGGUGAUCCCGCUGCAGCGCGCGGGGAACAAGACGGAGAUCGCGCACAGCGCGCUGUACCUGGCCAGCCCCCUCUCCUCCUACGUCACCGGCACCACCCUGGUCGUGGAUGGUGGCAGCUGGCUCACCUCCCCCAACAGCUUCUCUGCCUUGCUGGGUAUUGCCUCCUCCUCUGCUAAACUCUAGAUGUCUGGGCUGCAGGAGCAAACCAACCCCACUGAUGGACAGCCUGGGACUGACUGAUGGACAGAUGUGACCUGGGACACCGCAGGGGGACAUCUCCCAGAGCCAGAGCCAGCAGCCACAGCCUCUCCUUGGCCACUGGUGGCAGUGGUGACACUGCCAGCCCUGGGGAACCCAGCUGUGGGGGUGCCCACCCCCAUCCUGUGCCAUUGCUGCCUUCUGACAGCGUGGAGGGCUGAGAUGUUCACUGUCCUUUUGUGGCUCCCUCCAAGCUGCUCUUGUGGCCUUUCCCAAGCCCCGAGCAGUGCCACCCAUGGAUACCCAUCCUCUUAGUCCCCUCUCCCCUGUCUUAGCCUGAGAGCUGCCCAAGACCCCCAGCAGCAGCUCCUUUUUGGGAGGGGGAGCAGCUCAGCCUGCCUGGUGUUGGGGUCAGCCAGUGUGGUGGGCCCAGUUCUGCCUUGGCAACUCUUAGAGGGGAAACCCUGGCAGGGGGAGGUGGCUGUGUCCCCAAGGGGCCCUGGGUGUGACAGAGGUGCUGAGAGGCUGCCAGGGCUGCAGCUGGGAUGCCCCUCUGCAGGGAGCAGGGGGGUGUGAGGGCUGCAGCACUGCAGGUGUCCAGUGGUCUGUGCACACCCAUCUGUCUGUCACACCAGUGUCACACUGUCUCCUUUCAGACACUCAAGCUGAGGGUAGGUGAAGGGCUAGAACUGGAAUCCAGUCCUUUCCUCCUGCUGGGCUGCAGGAGCCACAGCAGGGCUGCCUGGAUGGCACUGCUGGAGCCAGCCCUGUCCCUGGUGUUGGUGCCUCAGGGGACACACUCUGCUCCUGUGCACCCUCCUGCUGCUGCUGGUAGUUGUCAGGCUCACUCUGGAUUCCAUGAAGCUUGUUCUCCCGCUUAAUUGUAUUUCCUACUUGAUUGUAGACUUGCCAGGUUUCUCUCCUUCCUCCAGGCAACAAAUA